CGUGGACCAGUGGAUUGUUUCUACUGUGUAAGGUUUCUCGUUCAAGUUUUUCGUACUUUGUAAUUAUUAUAAGUUUUGUAACAUAAAUAAAUACCGAUUUUUCGGUUUGAUGAUGUCCAAAAUUUAUUUAGCAAUAAUAAAAUGUCGGAUUGGUACUGGAAAAUCAUAGCCUUGACGGCGGCAUUCGUAUUAACAUGUUUUAUAUCGUAUAUUCGAACGGAUGAUAAUAUCCAGAGGUUACCCUUCUGUAAUCCACAUAAUGUAAAAAACGGCGUUCCAGUUAGUAAUGAUUUGGUCAUAGUGAGUACAUUAGAUGGCAGAUUGACAGCAUUCUCUACAGAUGAUGGCACAAAAGCAUGGGACUUGCAAACUCAACCAUUAUUGUCAUCAAAUCUACACCAUGUUGAGUUAACAUCUGGAGGGAAAUGGGUGCGACUGGUGCCGUCUCUUCGAGGUGCACUGUACAGCUUGAGUGGGGAGACAAUAGAGCCACUGCCUUUUGAUGCUGAACAACUGCUAUCAUCAUCCUUCAAGUACUCCGAUGACCUUGUUAUAGCUGGUGCCCGCGAGACGCUAUGGCUAGGCGUGGACGCGAACACGGGCGGCGUGGUGUACGAGUGCGGGUCGAGCGGCUGCAGCAGCGAGCAGCAGACGGCCGGCGCCGGGCUCGACGUGCUGGUGCUGCGCCGCCACUCCAGCACUGUACGCGCGGUUGAUCCGCGCCACGGCCACGAGAAAUGGAACUUCAGUGUGGCAGAGCAUCAAUUAGCGCUGAGUCGGCGGGAAUGUAUAGGCCCCAGUGGACCCGCCUCGCCGGUCACUGUGGGGGUCGCGCUACCUGAGGGUGUAGUCGCUAUUCGCCGCCCUGGGGAAAAAGAUGUACUUUGGAGGCAGAAGCUGGAGGCGCCCGUAGCCAGCAUGUGGCGGCUGCAGGGCGGCUCGCUGCAGCACAUCGACGUCGUGUGGGAGGCCGCGCGGGCCCUCGCCCGGCCCGCCGCCGCCGCCGCCUCGCCUCCCUCCUUGUAUAUCGGCCUGCAUAAUAACCAGCUAUAUGUGCAAGAGAGUCUAGCAUACACCCAAAAACUAGAGACGUCGGUGUCGAGCCGCCCAUUGCCGUGGAAGAUGCUUCAGUCGCGACCUCUGAUAGAGGGUGACGAGAGAGGACUGUCGGUACAGGAGCCCGACUCUAACACGCUGUCUUUAAUUACGCUAUACGGCAAUACGGGACAGGCGGGCAGCCACGGCUUCUUCCUCUACCUCCAAGAGACAUGUGACCAAGCAGUUCAAGUCUCUGAAGAUAUUAACAUUCCGGAUAUAAUAUUGCCGAAUAACAGUGAUGAAGAGUUUGAUCACCAUAUCCAUGUUCACGUCUCAUCACUGUGGUAUUGGUGGAAAGAAGUUCUUGUAAUAGCAGCUAGUUCAGCAUUACUCCUCAAUUUGAUUGUGUGGCCUAGAUUAUUUGUGUCCAAAGAAAGCCCACCGAGCCCCUUACCAGUUGUUGAUUCGCCGCCCCCGUACCAACCGCCAGUUGUGAAUGCUCCAGAAUUUUUGAGUAGAUAUGAGACAGACUUCACGCCAUUGAGGUGCCUUGGUAGAGGGGGCUUUGGUGUUGUGUUCGAAGCGAGGAAUAAUAUUGAUCACAGAGGUUAUGCUAUCAAAAGGAUUACGCUGCCUAGGAAAGAGGAGAAGCGGCAGCGCGUGUACCGCGAGGUGCGUGCGCUGGCCAAGCUCGAGCACGAGCACAUCGUGCGCUACUUCAACUCCUGGAUCGAGGUGCCGCCGCCGCGCUGGCAGCGCGACCGCGACCGCCGCUGGAUCAGUGAAUUAGAAGGCGCAUCCCUGGGAAUGAGUGAGGAGUACACGAUGACGACACCACCGCCUCCCUCCUCCCACAAGUGUGACAGCGUCAAACUGGACCUCAACGGGCACAAAACAAUGGACGAUGUCAACCACGAUAAACUGUACUUCUCUAAAAGAAACAGGUCAAGUAGCUGCAGUGAUUCAUUCAUAAUAUUCGACGAGAAUUUAUCUAAAAAAGCGGAAUUGACGAUCUCAUCCGAGAUACCGCAGAAACAUUCACUGCACACCAGUGACCCGACACAGAGCGCGUCAUACAGAAAGCAGUCUAGCGGUGACAACGAGCCGUCAGUGGACAAGAGGCUCGAGAGGGUGAAGGAGUGUGACAAAAUUACUAAGACUGAAAAUUCACAGUCUACGAGUAAGAAAAAGAAGGGCCAUAGGAGGCACUGGUCCCUUGACCUGUGCUCGGGGGAGGCGGCGGCGGCGGCAGCGGCGCCCGACACCUACCUGUACAUACAGAUGCAGCUUUGCUUACGCGAGAGCUUGCACGACUGGCUUCGGCUCAACCGCACCGUCGAGGCCAGGGGAGAUAUCGCUAAUUUAUUCAGGCAAAUAGUGUCAGCGGUGGAGUACGUGCAUCUGGCCGGGCUGAUCCACCGCGACUUGAAACCUAGCAAUAUAUUUUUCGCGCCCGACGGCCGAGUGAAGGUCGGGGACUUUGGCCUCGUCACCGACAUGAGCGACAACUCACAAGACGGGGAAGUACCACCGUUCGACUCGCAUGCUAAACAUACUCAUCAAGUUGGUACCAGACUUUACAUGUCGCCGGAGCAGUUGAUGGGUCGUCCGUACAGCUACAAAGUGGAUAUAUAUUCCUUGGGUGUGAUCUUGUUCGAGUUGCUACAACCGUUCGGCACGGACUCGGAGCGCGUGCACUGUCUGCAGAAGCUGCGCGACCACCGAUACCCUCCCACGUUCCACCACAAGUACCCGCAAGAGACGGAGGUGCUGAAACUGAUGCUGAGUGACGAUCCAUCGAAGCGGCCGACCGCUAUGGGGGUCCGCGCGCGAGCCCCUCUAUGGGACCACACAGAUUCGCGAUUCCAUUUCACGCUGCCAAUGGGUCCUAUCGUCGCUUGAUAGAUUAAUUUUAAUAUUAUUUAAUGUAAUGCAGGUAACUGAAGUUUCGUGUUUGAUUAUCGGUCUAGCCAAUUCAGUUGAACUUUUUAAAUUGGCUUCAAUUUGGGUAUUCUAGGUACCUUUAAAUGUUCAUGGCAUGGUUUCCCAUAACAGGUGUCCUAAUUUGAGAAUCAAGCGUUUGGUGUGAUCGUGUGGCAUUUAUUUAAAUCAGUGUUUAACGUUAUAAAGAAGCACGUUUUCAUUCGGCGAUGUUCGGCAAUACUCGGCGAUACUCGGUCAUACUCGUAGUAACAUUAUAAAGUCCAGUAACUAAUUACCAAGAAUAAGUACGUGGAUUUAAUUGUAUUAUAAAUCAUAAAUGUCCGUUGACAAAAACAAAACAAGAGGUAUUUUUGUGAUUACAUUUGCAUACAAGAAAUGUAAAUGGCCAUUAUAUCUAAAUCACAUUGUACUAUUUGUGUGUGUUUAGUGACUACAAAAUUUUGGUAACUGUGACAAAGUCUGUUAUUUGUUUAUGCAGCUUUAUUAUAAUUAUAUGAUAUUAUAAGUGCAUUAAUUAGUCAUUAGUUGUUAUUUAAAUGGUCCAUAAUUAUAAUUAUUGUGACAUUGUUCUGUAUUUUUUGGAUUACCCGUUUAUGAAAUGUACGAACAAUAUUGUGUAUUUGUUGUUGCGAAUUGUCACUAAAAUGUAAUAAAUUUGUGUAAAAUUAAAAUCUAUAAAAUAAGUUUAUUAUACUGGUGUUUAAGAAUAACAACUACAUAUAAAAAUAUAUAGAUUUACGCACCUAAAUAGGAAAGAAAAAAUUAAUGAUCAUUUAUGUGACAUACAAUUACUGUGUCAAUUUCAGAGGCUGGUAAUAUUUUUGUGGCAUUUUCGUGUAUUUAGGUGUCUAAGUUAAUUUGAUACUUCAUAUCUGACUUAUAAUUGGUUAACUUAACGAUGUACUAAUAUCACUAUGCUAUUAAUGUUAAUAUACAGGGUGGAAGAGACAGUUUUUCAAAAACGAAUAUGCUCAUUAUUGUAAUCACUAGUGAAGUAAACACUUUUAUAUUUAUCAAAAUUUGUGGUAUCUCCUGUCUAAACUAAGGAAUUAUACUACCAUAUAAGCUUGUGGCUACGAUAUUAUAUUUCAAGUAAUGAAGCAUGCCUUCUUAUGUGCUUUUUUAUUUAAACAUGUAAUAUAUUCAUGUAGAUGAAAGAUUAAUAUUUGUACGUAUCACCAUUUGUACGACACACUCGUUAUUUUUAACACUACCAUCUCUCAAAUUGUUAUUUGCAAUAAACAUAUAGAGAUAUGACAGCUACUAAUGUAACUAAUAAAACAUACUAGAUUUUGGAAUUACAAUGUAAACAUAAUUCUCUCAUUUAUAUCUUUAUUUGUUUUUUUUUUUUAUUUGUCGGGUAACAGAUUUAUUGAUAGGACAAGAGCAUAAGAAUAAUCAAUGCUGGGUGGAAGUGACACUUUCGCAAAUUCAAUAAUAACGUCUCUAUUUAUUUAUUUAUUUAUUAUUCACUUGAAUCAUGAGAUACAUGGUGUUACAAAAAGCACAAGUACAUAUUUCGCCAUACAUAGACAUGUAAAUGUGGGAUCCUUAAUAAUAAUUUCAUUUAAUGUUAUUUAUGAGUCGUUAGUUGUUCGCUGGGAUUUAUGCCUGGAUUGUAUGUUGGAAUAACAGUGAUGUGUUGGUUAAUUUUGAAAUAAUUUGUAACACCAAUAUUAAAUAUAUUAUGGUUAUUAUGUCAUCAUCAUAUCAACCUUUAACUGUCCAUUGCUGAACAUAAGCCUCCCAUUUGGCGGGUAUUGCCAGUAGUUGCCACGCUUGGCAGGCGGAUUGGCAAGAAAUUUGAUGGCGGAUUAUCUUUUGACAGCAAUACUUAGAAAGGAAUGUAUUUAUUUAUUUGUGCAUUAAACAUGAUAUAGAAUUUGUAUAUAUUUCAGUGUCGCUUCUACCUGAAUGUUUAUUCUUGUGACGACAAAUUGUAAAUGUGACAACAGCUAUAUUCAGUGUAGUGAGUAGAUCUCAUUGUUUCAUUUGAUAAACGCGGUUAUUACAUGCUUAUAAAUCGCAGGUAUUGCGUGGACAUUUUAAAUAAUGUAUAUGUAGAUAUAUUCUAGUUAAUACAUUAUAUGUGUGUGAUCUAAUUAAAGCAAUCAAUACUGUUUAGUAUUAAAAAUAUAAGACUGUGUGUAGCUGUAAUGUAGUUAUAUACACGUGUCUCUAACAUUAUGCAUUUUAUUAUUAUUGUUAUAUACUUUUUAUAAAAUAAACAAAACCAAUCUUUUAAUUUCAUAUUUACACCAAACUAUUAUAUACUUUAUUGCACUUGUAAAUUACAUUGUUAAUGCAUUUAUAAAUAUUGUGAGCAAGGGUGGACUUAUCUCUGACAGAGAUCUCUUCCAGUCAACCCAAUGCAGUUAGAAAGCAUGUUGUUAGCGGGCAGCUGAAGUGCUACAACUAUUAAUAUUUAGAGUACAUAAACAAAUAUAUAGUUAAAUAAAAUAUUGAGAUACAUAAUAAAAUAUUACAUAAAUACAUAUACUAUAAAUAAAUAUAAUUAUGAAUAAUCAUAAUCUAAAUAUAUAAUAAAUUGAACUUAAUAUUAUUAGAAAUUUAGUUUAUAUUGGUAUUUAAAACAGUUAAAAUUUUAAUUUUAGAGGUGGGUUUAGAGAAAUUUGAUUGCAUUCCAAGAAUAUCUUUCUAUAAUUGGACAUAUUUAGGGUCAUGAAAAAUAGCAUACAAAAAGUUGUAUAGUAUAAAUCAAAGAAAUUUAAUACAAAGCUUAUAAACUAUCAUAAAAUGUCUAUGUUAGAGCUACGUGUGUAAUUUGCUUGAUAUAAGAAGCCACAGAACGAAAAUGAAAGAAGUAUUAAAUAAUGGCAAUUAAAACUGCAUAGUUUCUUAUACUUAUGAGUAGAGACAUUGAAAUUUUCAAAAAUAACCCUUAUUACAAUAUGUAAUGAUAUCAAUUUUGAAAAUUUUAAUACACGUAAUUUUUACUUCUCCUAUCUGUUUCUGUGGACGAAGUGAUUGAUUCUGAUGUUUAAUUUGACUUACCUAGUUUAACUUUAGUUUUAUUAAAUAGGUGUAAGUACUCGUACCUACCUUUGACUAAGAAUUAAUUACCUUUUUAUUUUAAGAUCAUGUUUUGUAAAAUUUAUUUUCACUUAUUUUUAUAGUGUAGGUAGUGUGCUAAGUCUUUAAGAGGUUCGAUUUCCGUUUUUUUUUAUACUGGUGUACUAGUUUGAAUACCAGGCACGAUUUGUGUGAUCAUAUAGCACUUUUGAUACCAUAUCUAAAUUCAGUAAGCCUCGAUAAAAAUAUUGUAGCUUGUUUUAGAGAGUACAAUGUAAAGUUAUUAGAGUACGCUAUUAUACUAUUUUAUAAUUAAGAAACAAAUGAGUUUCUAUUUUGUUUUCUAAUUAUGUGGGUGGCACGGCAUGAUAUCGUUCGAUUUUACCAUUACGAUAGAAUAAUGUAACAAAAUGAAGUAAGAAGAAUCUUUUAAUUUCUCGCAAAGAUAUUUUCAGCAUGACACAUGUAAAAUUAAAAACGACUUAACGCUCUUAAACAAUAUCGUAGAAUACUGACGGAUCUAUAUAUGAAAUAUUUGUCAGAUUUGUGAGUAUUCUACGACUAUGACGAUAUAUACAAGUUGCUUAAAUUUUGUCUAGUGACAAAAAAUCAGUAUGCAUUCAUUCGUUGCUAUAUGCUGAUUUUUAGAACAAUCUUGCAAGUCUUUCUAUAUAAUUUUCCUUAACAAAAAAAAAAAAAAAAAAAAGACACAGUAUGCCAUCUAUUGAUAUGCUUUUGUACUAGCAACACAAUUAGCAUAAUGCAGUUCUUAAAGGCGAAAUGGUCAUUGCUGUGCCAACCACAGUGACAAGCGACUCAUUUUGAACCUUAUUGUUAGUUUUUUUUUGUAUAUUGUAACUCGAUUUUAUUGCGAUUACGAUAAGGUUCAUUAUAAUUUUCUCAUGGUUGACCAUACAACAACUGUGUGAAUAAGAAUGUAAGCUUUAAGAAAACAGAAUUUUCAUGAAAAGGUUUUUUUCUUAUUAUAGAAAGAAGCUGUUGAAAAUCAUAUAAGUAUAUAAAUAAGGAAUUAAACUUUGUUUUAAUUGUAUUUUAAGGUGCUUUAUUGAUCAACUGAAUAGGUAUGUGUCGUAUCUUUGCUAAACUAUUUUCGAUCACAAUGAUCGAUACUAGAAUGUCAUGUUUUUUUUUAUGGGAUGAAAAUGAAAUUUAGGUUAAUCACAAUUCUGUUCAUUUAUAAAGUAGGUUAAAAAAAAUAGAAAUAGGUAUUCUUAAAAAGAGUAGGCGAGUUUGAGGGAGCGAGCGAUAUGCAAAGGUGCAUUUAAAUACACUUCGGCAACGAUAUCAUAGAUUUAAGCGGAUUUCCUUGGACUCCGUCAUAUUCCUAGUUUACUUAGAUUAAGAAUACUUGUUUCUAAAUUAAAUUUAGUAGAAGUAAUAUGUGUAAUCAUCAAUUUUUUUGUGAGUCUAUGACUCGCAUAAAUCCUAAUGGAUUAUUACCAAAAUUAAUUAACAAUAUUAUAUAAAAACAUUCGGGCAUAUGUUAAAGAAAACACUAGUUAUUAUGAAUACUUUAAUAUUUCUUGUUAGUUAUUAUUAAUUUGUGAUUUAUUAUAGUUUUGUUCGUAUCUAUUCAAAUAAAGAAUAUUGAACAGAA